CUAAGGCCAGCACGGGUACCAUCAGCCUCAAGAUUCCUGAAUCCCUAUGUAGUGGGUUUCGUUGUUGUGGCAGGAGUGGUAAUCCUGGCAGUGACCACAGCUCUACUCAUCCACUUUUUAGCCUUCGAUCAAAAGUCUUAUUUUUAUCAUAGCAGCUUUCAAAUCCUAAAUGUCAAAUAUAGUAAUCAGUUAAAUUCACCAGCUACACAAGAAUAUAGGGAUUUGAGUGGAAGAAUUGAAUCUAUGAUUACUAAAACAUUCCAAGAAUCAAAUUUAAGAAAUCAAUUCAUCAGAGCUCAUGUUGUCAAACUGAGGCAAGAGGGUAAUGGUGUGAAAGCAGAUGUUGUCAUGAAAUUUAAAUUCACUAGAAACAACAAUGGAGCAUCAAUGAAAAGGAGAAUUGAGUCUGUUUUACACCACAUGCUUAAUAACUCUGGAAACUUGGAAAUAAACCCUUCAACUGAGAUAACAUGCAAGAGAGACAUUACUGUCAGAUCUUCAAUCUCAAUUACUGACCAGGAUACAGUGGAUAUGUUCACUCAAGGAUGUGGGGCCCGUACAGACCUAAUAACUCUGUCUGCGGAGAGGAUCCUAGGAGGCACUAAGGCUGAGGAAGGAGACUGGCCAUGGCAAGUCAGUCUACAGACGAAUAAUGUUCACCACUGCGGAGGCAUCCUGAUCAGUAGCCUGUGGAUCUUGACAGCAGCUCACUGCUUCAGAAGCUACCCUAAUCCUCGUCAGUGGACUGUCACUUUUGGUGUUUCAACAACAUUUCCUAAACAGAGAAGAGGAGUAAGGACUAUUUUAAUCCAUAGCAAUUAUAACCCUGCAACUCAUGAAAAUGAUAUUGCAGCUAUACAACUUGACAGAGGCAUCACCUUUACCAAAGAUAUCCAUAGGGUGUGUCUCCCGGAGGCUACCCAGAAUAUUCCGCCUGGGUCUACUGCUUAUGUAACAGGAUGGGGAUCUCAAGAAUAUGGCGGUAGCACAGUUUCAGAUCUACAGCAAGCACGGGUCAGAAUAAUAAGUAAUGAUGCAUGUAAUGCACCAACUAGUUAUAAUGGAGCUGUUUUGUCGGGAAUGCUAUGUGCUGGACUACCUCAAGGUGGAGUGGAUGCAUGCCGAGGUGACUCUGGUGGCCCACUAGUUCAAGAGGACUCACGGCGGCUUUGGUUCCUUGUGGGGAUAGUAAGCUGGGGGGAUCAAUGUGGUCUGCCAGAUAAGCCAGGAGUAUAUACGCGAGUGACAGCCUACCGUGCUUGGAUAACCGAAAAAACUGGGGUCUAGAGCAAUAAAGGCAUCUCUGUGGCAAA